GUUUCCUCCUUAUAUGAUGAGAGAUGGCCUCAGGUGAGAAUACAGACAACCAAGGCGAUGAUAAUGACCAAGGGAAAAUGGAGUGGAAACUUGGAAAUUACCGGCAGUAUUCACCGCCGACAGGGAUAGCGGAAUAUGUGAAAAAGGCUCUUCCUCCGCGGCCAGGUUCUCGUUCUUCGUCUAUCUAUUCUUCCCCGAACGAGAGUGCUCAGCAACCACCCGUUCAGGACCCUAAGCUUCAAGAUACUGGCACGACAGGUGCUCUUCAAGAAGCCGGACUGACUGUGGUGCAGCCGCUUCAGCCGACUGCCUCAUCGUCACCUCGUUCCGAGAUAGCGGCACCGCAACCGAGGUAUCCGGCACGCAUGAUUUUAGAAACGAGCGAGGCCGAUGAUAUGGUUAUAAGCCCCGUCUCGAACCCGCUAUCUGCGAAUACCAAUAUUCAGCAAUACGAAGUCUCGCCGAUCUCACCUAACGAGUCCACGUGUAGUCUCCAUUCGGCGAUUUCUUCAACGGCGAGUCCUGAUCCUUCUUCUUCGGCGGAAGAGAUAUACCUUACUCGAAGGCCGUUCGUAUAUGAGAAGCAGCCUAUGGUAUACCCAUCGGCGGAUUUACUCCUUACGCCGGAGAUAGUCGCUCCGAUCCAAAAGCACCAGUUCCACUAUCAGCAGAUCAACCUGCGCUACAGCGACCCGGGUAGCCCGCUAAACGGCGCCGUGAUACAUCCUCCGACCUCGUUCCCUUCGGAUCCCAAUCUUAGACUCUCGCGCCACCUAGAUAGUGACACUCAAGAUCAAACACCGGCCAGCAGAAGUCUCAAGCCGCAGCCAAAACCACAGCCGGACUUGGAGGAGAACACCCUUGGAAACGCGUCGCCGCCGUUGUUGUUAACUCCCACCGGGGCUGCAGCCAGCUCCCCCAAGGUCGCGUUCGCCGGCACGGUAGACGGGUUCUCGACCCGCCCGCGCGCCAACAGCAAGAGGACGGCCCCGGCGCCGCCGCCCCUGAAGCUCAGCGAGCGCCCGCUCGCAGAGCACUACGUCAAGACGCCGUUCCCCGGCGCGGAGCCCGUGCAGAGACCAGAUACUACUACUGCUGCUACUACUACUACUACUACUACUAAUAAUAAUAACAAUCGUCGCUCGGGCCCCACGCGUCGUCAAGAACAGCAGACGAGCGCGGCAGCAGAGGAAGAGCACAAGCACAGGCACAAGCACAAGGACCAAGAAGAGCGCAACAGCGUCGCGAGGAAGCGGAACCGGGUGUCGGCUCUGCCGGCGCUCGUGUUUGCGAAGGCGUUGCGGCAGAGCGGCGGGGAGAAGGACAAGGAAAAAGAGAAAGAGAAAGAAAAAGAAAAAGAAAAAGAAAAGGAGAGAGAUAGGGAGACGGAAAGGCCCGGCCCGAAGGGCAAGAGCAUCUUGUCGAGGGCCAAGUCCCUGAGGAAGGUAGGCCGGGGGCUUGGUUUGGAGAAAGGGGGGGGGAUGGGUGGAGGUGGAUGGGGGUGAAGAAGUAAAGGGGGGUUGUACACUGGUACGAAGGAGGGCUGAGCAGUAAGGCGGUUUCGAAGAUAAGGCGUUGCUACUGGUGGUAUUUUGAACGGAUAAUGAAGUUAUGAAGCUAGAUGGAUACUGGUAGGUACUUGGGGGCUUAGGAUAUAUGUCUAGGUACCUACCGUAUGAAGC